UUUAUUUAUUUGUUUUCCAUUUUUCUUUAACGGAAACUGAACAUUAGCAGCAGUUUCCAAUUGGCCGCCAUUGUGGUCGGAACUGAGAAGAAGCCAUAAUCACUGUUUUCUCUAAGCUUAUUAUAUAAGAAAUAUCGAACCCGAUAAAAGAAGAAGAAGAAGAAGUUAGAACGAGCAGCCAUGGAAUCGUCGAGUGAGCUCGAUAGUCUGCACUUUUUCGAGCAAGCUCUUAAAAUUUCCGAAGCUACUUACGCUUCUAAUCCUCUCGAUGCCGACAACUUAACAAGAUGGGCUGGAGCUUUACUUGAGUUGUCUCAGUUUCAAAGCGUUCCAGAUUCACAGAAAAUGAUUCAAGAUGCUAUUUCGAAGCUAGAGGAGGCUUUGUCGAUUAACCCUAAAAAGCAUGAUGCUUUAUGGUGUUUGGGAAAUGCUCAGACUUCUUUUGCAUUUUUGACUAACAAGGAAGAUGAGGCCAGGCCUUACUUCGAAAAGGCAGCUCAAUAUUUCCAGCAAGCAGUUGAUGAGGAUCCCAGCAAUGAAAUUUACCUGAAAUCUUUGGAAAUAUCUGCUAAGGCUCCAGAGUUACACCAGGAAAUCAUUAAGCAAGGUUUAGGUCAACAGAUGCUUGGUGCUGGACCCUCUACUUCUACUUCUACCUCCAGCUCAGCAAAGACUGCUACAAAAAAUAAGAAAAGUAGUGAUCUCAAAUACGACAUUUUCGGAUGGGUAAUCCUUGCUGUUGGCAUUGUUGCAUGGGUUGGAUUUGCAAAAUCUCAGAUACCAUCUUCACAGCUGCCACCACUACCACCACGAUAAUCACAGGAUGCAAGCAACGCCCCGACAUCUAAAUGCUGUUUGCAUUGAUUCAAGCAGCCCUAAUUUAUGUUAGUUUAGUUUUUUUGACCUUAUUCGUGCUUCUCGGCUAAUGCUUGAACACUAGUCAUUUACAGUACAAUUGCUUUAUUUGGAGAAUAGUUGAGUGAUUAUUAACAUGAAAAAUUUUUCUGUUGAUUAUUUAUUCGAAUCUAUACUUUUUGUUUUUGUUCAAAUUUGUCAAUAGGGAAAA